GCAGAUGCAACCGGAAGGCCGGCUCCUUGGCCGCAGCGGGUCCUCUCCGCUCGUCCGCACGUCCAGUCCCACGCCGCUCCUUGGCUUCACGCGCCCCGGGGACCUGGAGCGCUCGGUAUCCGGCGCCUGUGCGUGAUGACGCACACACGCGCCACGACGUGGGGACGCAGGCGGGUCGUAGAGAGCGUGAGUUUCUGCGUCUGUUCGGUGCCCCUCGCGUCGUCGGUGCUGCCCGGUUCAGCUGCCGGUACAUCUUUCCAGAUUCCUAAAGCCUGACCACAUUUUCCCAUCACUGGGUUGAUAAACCAUGCAGCGGAGAUCAAGGGGAAUUAAUGCUGGACUUAUUCUGCUUCUCUCUCAAAUCUUCCAUGUUGGAAUCAACAAUAUUCCACCUGUCACCCUAGCAACUUUGGCUCUCAACGUCUGGUUCUUCUUGAAUCCUCUGAAACCACUGUAUGAGUCCUGUCUUAGCGUGGAGAAGUGUUACCAGCAAAAAGACUGGCAGCGCUUACUGCUUUCUCCUCUUCACCAUGCAGAUGAUUGGCAUUUGUAUUUCAAUAUGGCAUCCAUGCUCUGGAAGGGAAUAAAUCUGGAAAGAAGGCUAGGAAGUAGAUGGUUUGCCUACAUCAUCGUCACCUUCUCCCUACUCACCGGAGUGGUGUACCUGUUCUUGGAAUUUGCUCUUGCAGAAUUUACGGAUGAACCUGGCUUCAGAAGGAACUGUGCUGUAGGUUUCUCAGGAGUUUUGUUUGCUUUGAAAGUUCUUAACAACCAUUAUUGCCCUGGAGGCUUUGCCAACAUUUUGGGCUUUCCUGUACCCAACAGAUUUGCUUGUUGGGCAGAACUUGUGGCUAUUCAUUUCAUCUCACCAGGGACUUCCUUCGCCGGGCAUCUGGCCGGGAUUCUCGUUGGACUCAUGUAUACUCACGGGCCUCUGAAGAAAAUAAUGGAAAAAUGUGCAGGCAUUUUCCCCUCCAAUAUUCAUUAUCCAGGACAGCAGCACCACUUUAAUAGUUCAGGCUACUCCGGAUACCAGGAUUAUUACCCAUAUGGCAGGCCAGGUUACCCUGAAGAGGCACCCAUGAACUAUAAUGCCUACACAGCAGGACUCAGUGAGGAGGAACAGCUGGAGAGAGCAUUAAGAGCCAGCCUCUGGGACCGAGGAAAUAGGCCGAGCCCUCCGCCCUACGGGUUCCAUCUCUCACCAGAAGAGGAGAUGAGAAGGAAGAGGCUCCACAGAUUUGACAGCCAGUGAGGUGGCACAGCAUCUUGGACAAGAGUGGUCCAAUUGCGUGUUGACCACCCAUUUGGUUCAUCCCCCAAGCCCCAACUUCACACCAAAGCAGAGUGCAGCCUUACCUGCCGUCUGUUUCUGCUCAUCGUCCCAUGGCCUCUUUGGGUCUCCAUGCACCAGCACACCGACUUGUCCGGAAACCAGCCUUCUGGAUGCAGCUCACAGCCCUCAGGAAGCGGCCCUCCUGCUGGCCUGGUCCCCCUCAUGGGCAAAAGGGCAUUUCCUCCACGCAGGGACCGGUCGCCACAUGCCUCUCUCAUGCUGCUAGCUCAGCGGUGCCUCUGCCUUGUUCUCUUUGUGAAGACUAUGACUUUCUCCAGCUUGGGAGAUCGCACCCCCAUUCUUCCCAGCGUGCCCAGUAUUCAACCUGGCCGGAAGUGACAAGCCAUCCCCAGUCCUCCCUGACACGUUGCCGUGAUGACAUUCCAGGAGCAUCAUGUGGCUCCUGUAACAACGUUAUUGGGGUCACCCCUGCCCAAGUGCCUUGGCUCCUCAGGCCCUUACGCCUGGGUGGUGUUGACUGUGUACCGACUUUGUUUUUAUGUGGCUCUGCCUUUAUGAGUGUUUGGCUGGAAAAGCUUGGGUAGGACCUCAGGUGGGUGAUCACUACACACUCUGUUAGAUACCAGGUGGCACCGACAUUUCAGGCUCACAGCAGCCUCUCCGGUGACAGGAUAGGUUCCCAGAGAUGGGACCCGUGUUAGCUAACCAGUCAGGAGGGCAGCAGCAGGUGCUACAGGCAGAGUAAAGCAAAGUCGUUCAAGUGGUCACUGAGAAAUCCCUCUUGAGAUGGGUUUUUUUUUUCCCCCUCAUAAAAAGUGCCUUUUAAAUGGCCACCGUAACAGCCACUUGUCCUGCCCAGGUGUCCAAGUUCCCCCGGGCCCCCUGCAGUGUUAGAACCACAGGCCGUCCACGGCACUCAAGGUGGGUCCUGGUGCUUGUGGUUCGUGAAUACAAAGACCAAGUCAGGUAUCACCGAUGCCCUGUUGUCACUGAGAUAUUUAUUUCUAAAGAGAGUUGGAAGCCCAAAAGGAUCCUCCUGUUUUCAUGUAUGUUUCUAACAUUUGUAUAUAGUUUUCUGAUUAUAAAAGUAAUAUAUCUGCCUUAUCUAUGCAUAAAGCAAAAUCUGAAGGAAAUAUACAUUAACUGAGCUUAUCUUUGGGGGUUAGAGCACGUAGGAUUUUGCUUUCUGGGUUUUUUUAUGAUUUUAUACUGCAGUCUUUUUAAAAUGUGUGUAUUUGUAUGUAUAUGUAUUGCUUUUGCAAUCAGGAAAACUGAUUUAUGUGAUAGUAAAGCAAGAACUAUACAACCAGGAGAACAGAAUAAGUACUAGGUCUCCGCUGAGAAAAAAAAAUCACAAUACAAAAAAUACAAAUCCAUGUACAACUUUAAAAUCAUAAAUCAACUAUCUUCUCACCACUUUAGGUCCCCAAGGUUAACAUUUUGGGGACAUGACUUUCUCACUUUUUCUUUGUACAUGUGUGACAAGCUUGGAGCCUCCCAACUCUGCGGCUUGGUGUCUGGCUCCUGAUCUGAACGGAUCUAGGAGGAGAGGCUCUGACACCUGCGUACAAACAAGCAAAGAAAACCCGCGAGUCCUGGGAGCACUUUGACCUGCGCAAGGAUACCUGGGCUCCGCGGUUUAAUUUAUAACCGAUGUGACGCUGCUUGCAGCCUGUUUAUAAUAUAAAUCAUAUCUGCGAGUCCGGUAGCCUUAAACAUGUUAAAAUGUUCAAGUUAAAGGUCAUUUCUCUCGCUCCCAACCUCUACGGGUUUGACUUCCAUUCCCCCGUUAGACGCACCCUCAUUCUUACACUGUCUUCUCCUGGCGGGAGGUGAAGGUAAUUCUGUGAUAGCACUGAUGUCUUGCCAUGUUAUUGAUUGUGCACAACUGCACAAAUAUGUGCCUUCGACGCGGGGAGCGUAGACUGUGUGAAUGGCUCGGGGACAAGGACGGUGUCUUAUCUUUCUGCACUGUCCCUCUCUCCCCGGCCACCACCCAAAGGCUUGGCCCCGGCUCCUUGGAGGCACUCACUGAAUGUUUUCCCACCAAAGUCCAACCACUGUUUAUGGAAGUAUUUUUCUUAACUGCUGUUGAGUCUGGUAGGAGUUCGGUGUAGUAGCUCCUCACUCUAUCUGUAUACAGGUAGACACCAUUGUUGUAUUCUGUGUGGCAUGAGUAAUAAAAUACGCACACCUUCUUUA